CGCGACUCCAACCAUGGCGUCUGCAGGCGGGUACGACCACCUGCUGAAGCUGCUGCUUGUGGGCGAUACCGGUGUGGGCAAGUCAUGCCUGGUCCUUCAAUUCUGUGACGGCGAGUUUCCCGAAGACAUGUCCUCGACCAUCGGAGUCGACUUCAAGGUGGCGAUGAUGGAGACGGAGACGGCACGGGUCAAGCUGACGAUCUGGGACACGGCCGGGCAGGAGCGGUUCCGCACCCUGACCAAGUCGUACUACCGUGGGGCGACGGGCGUGAUUCUGGUGUACGACGUGACGCGGAAGGAGACGUUUGAUGGUCUGGAGCAGUGGCUAGCUGAGGUGGACGCGCACUCGACUAACGCAGACGUGGUCAAGAUGUUGGUGGCCAACAAGAUCGAUCUAGACGCCGAGCGGCAGGUCUCGCGUGACCAGGGCGCUGCCUUUGCCCGGGCGCAUGCCAUGCUGUACAUCGAGACGUCGGCAAGAACAUCCGAGGGCGUCCGUGACGCCUUUUCCGAGUUGGUCACAAAGGUGCUGGAGACGCCGUCGCUCGCCGCCGUCACCUCGGGCGUGGCAGCCGCUCCGGGCACCACCUCGCUUGCUGCAGAUCCGGACGCUCCGCCGCCGGGUACGUGCAUGGGCAUCCAGUGCUGACGCCGGUGCCUUCCCUCUCGUCACUCUGGCCACUCGUGCCGGGCGUCGCCGGCCAGGCCCAUGAGGCUGGCCGCCCGCUGGACGACCCUCGCCGCCGCUGCUUGGCCAG